CUGGGGGGAUCCUCCAGGUAAGAGGCUGCUUUAGCCCUGGGAGCUCUGGGCCUGGCCAGGAGCUAUCGCCGAGGGCGGCGUGAUACACCCAGGGCCGAGCAGGCCUCUCGUCGCCCCCAUGGAUUUCUUCUGCCGGAAGCGCGCGCGGUCAGACUCACCGCCCAGGGCCACGGCGCCGGUGAAGAGACACGGCUCCUGCCCGGUGACCCAGAGACCCCAGCCGGCCAGGCCGGAGAGCCGCCCCGAGCUCUGCCCCUUCCUGGCCGGUCUCUUCCGCCCCAGGAGCGCCAAGGCUGGCCUUCCCGCAGUCCGCCGGGGCAGCUCCCGGGAGCCAGGCUCGACGGCGGGGGAGAGGGUCCCGCUUCUGGCCGACAACUCCAAAGGGGCUGACCCGCCAGGCAGCGCUGUCCCUUCCCCCCUCCGCUGCCAGCCCUCUCCUCCCACAGCCGAGCUGGCGGCCCUCGAGAGCAUGGGCCCAGAGGAGCCGGUGGAGGAGCCCCCUAGCGCUGCAGGGCCAACGGGCGCCGCUGGCCUGCUGGAAAUGGGGACAAAGCAGCCCACCCCGGUCCCCGGGAGGAAGGUCCUGCAUGGCUCCCUGCAAGAUCUCUCCAAAGCCACAGCUACGCAGAUGCCAAGUCCGGAGCGCAGACUGUUCCGCCGACCGCUGGGGAAAGGAGCCAAGGACACGGACAAGUGGAAGAGGGAAUCUAAAUACGUGCAAACACAGCCUCUCUACCAAGACUACUGGCUGAAGCGCCUCAAGGCGGCGGAGCGCAAGCCCAAGGAGCCGUCCUUCCGGGUGGACGCCAGCCUGUCCAUCGCUGGCCUCCUCUCCUCCUCCCUGCUCGGCGCCGCCUCGCAGAUCUCGUCCCGCGACUACAGCUUCUGCUUCUGGCAGGAGAUCCCAGAGGUGAAGAGCCGGCGGCUCCUGGAGAGUCUCUCGCCCCGGCAGCACCGCCUGCAGGAGGCCAUGUUUGAGAUGAUCACGUCGGAGGCCUCCUACCUGCGCAGCCUCUCGGUGGCCACGAGCCACUUCAAGGGAUCGCUGGUGCUGCGGGAGACGCUGACCAGGGCCGAGGUGCACCGGCUCUUCUCCAACCUGCAGCAGGUGAAGGACGUCAGUGAAAGGUUUCUCCUGGAGCUCGAGGAGCACAUGGACAAGGAUGUCUUCCUGGCGGGGCUGGGGGCCGUGGUCCUGAAGCACUGCCCUGCCUUCCACAGGGUCUACAUUCCCUACGUCACCAACCAGAUGUACCAGGAACAGCUCAUGCAGCAGCUGAUGCGGGAGAACUGGCGCUUCCGGCAGGUCCUCAGGAAGCUGGAGGAGCAGCCGGUGUGCCAGCGGCAGCCCCUGAAAUCCUUCCUGGUGCUGCCCUUCCAGAGGAUCACCCGCCUGAAGAUCCUGCUGGAGAACAUCCUGAAGCUGGCCCCCGCGGGCUCCGAGCUGGCCAGCUCCAUCAGCGCGGCCCUGACGGCCGUGGGAGAGAUCGUGUGGGCCUGCAACGAGAACGUGCGGCACAUGAAGCAGACCGAGGAGCUGGUGCUGCUGGAGAAGCAAGUCGAGUUCGUAAAGACGAAGUCCAUCCCGCUCAUCAGCCGGGGCCGCUGGCUGGUCAGGGCGGGGGAGUUCUCCCAGGUCCUCAUCCAGGAGGUGGGCGUGGGGUACAGACCCCGCCUGAGCACCAAGCCCAUCCACCUGCACCUCCUCAGCGACCUGCUGCUUUUGUCCCGCCGGAGGGACGACGGCAGGUUUUCCGUCAAGGAUUACGCCCAGACCUGCCACGUGAGAGCGGAGCUCCUCCGAGCCAAGCCGCUGGGGCUCCCCGACACGGCCUUCCUCCUGUGCCUCUCCCGCAACCACCGCGGGGCCAGCGCUGAAUUCAUCAUCAAAGCAGCCAGCGAGGCCCAGAGGCAGGAGUGGAUCUCGCUGAUAACCAGCCAGGCGUCCCCUCGGCCUGCGCCUGUGAUCAAAGCCCUGAGAGAGGCCUGCGCUGGUCUCUGACUCGCCAGGGCCCAGGCCAGCUGGACUCCAUGCUUGGCCUUUCCAGAGGAUGACCUCCCGCGAGCUGCACAAGGGGGUCUGCAGCCCCUCGCCUCUUUGGGGCCCUGUCCGGGGCCAGCGGUUCUUCCCAGGCCUGGGAGCUCGGCUUGGGGACCUUCGGCGCAGGCUGCGCCGGAUUCAGCGGUGGG